AUGCUAAAAUCGCUGUAUCAGUUCAGAACAAAGUGUUGUGGCAAGAGCAAUGUUUGGCAAUAUUCUGCAGCCUCACGUAUCCUACCGUGUCAAUUCUGUGGAACUAUUGGGGACUUCACCUCUCUUCCAUGUGAAAUAUCUCCACCAACAAAUAAUGCACAUACAGCUGUGUUUCCAGGAAGCUGUCCUGUUCGAGUGGCUUUCAUACCUUCUGAUAUUAACCGUGGUUUUUUAAACUUUGAAGUCGGUGACGAAUUGCAUUGUGGUAUUAUAGAUACUUCAGGAUGUGUGAUAAGCUAUGUUCCAAAGGAAAGGAGGUUUCAGAAAGAUCGGUCAAAUCAAUGGAAACAGAGUAUAGUUUGCGAAAUUGCGGAGAUUAGAGAGAUCGAUGGACCCGAAUGGAACCAUAUAAUAGAAACUGUUUCAAACGAACCCAAAGAUGUGGAUUACGACUGUCUUGAGUUUGCAAUAGAGGUACUCAAUCGAGUUUCUGGAAAAAAUGAAUUUUCGAGAGAGAAUUUAAGUGAAAUUAUGGGACGGCAAUUAUUUGAUGUAAUGGAAUUCGCUAAAAUGCAGCGAAAAGCAUUGAGAUUUCGCAGAAAUUGA